CGGCGGAGCUACUCGGAUCUGCCGUUCUCUCUUUGGAUAUACCACCAAGCGUUUGAACGAAACAGGGUUCCCGAAGGAGGGAGAAGCACGGAGCUCAUUCUCCUCCCCAAACAAAUUAUUUUCGACGUCGUCGCUUCGAUGUCUGCUGUCGGGAAGUCGGCGAAUAUCUUCUGGCAAGAAUGCCCGGUGGGGAAGCUCGAUCGGCAGAAGCUGCUGAAGCAGAAGGGUUGCGUCGUUUGGAUCACCGGCCUUAGCGGCUCAGGGAAAAGCACUUUAGCAUGUACAUUGGGCCGAGAGCUGCAUUCUAGAGGAAAGCUUGCUUAUGUGCUAGAUGGUGACAACCUUAGGCAUGGGUUGAACAAGGAUCUUGGCUUUUCAGCAGAAGAUCGUGCAGAAAAUAUACGCAGGGUUGGUGAAGUGGCAAAGCUCUUUGCAGAUGCGGGUUUGAUCUGUAUUGCUAGUUUGAUCUCUCCAUAUAGGAAAGACAGGGACUCAUGUCGUUCAAUUCUUCCAGACCUUAGUUUCAUUGAAGUGUUCAUGAAUAUGCCUUUAGAUCUGUGUGAAGCAAGGGAUCCAAAAGGUCUUUACAAACUUGCUCGAGCAGGAAAGAUAAAAGGUUUUACUGGGAUAGAUGAUCCAUAUGAACCACCUCUUAACUGUGAGAUAGAAAUACAAGAAGAAGAGAAUGGAGUUUGCCCUUCACCUUGUGCCAUGGCCGGACAAGUCGUAGGUUACUUGGAAGAGAAAGGCUUUCUACAAGUGUAAUAAGUCUUUACAAAUUCUUUUGCAAAUUAUACUAUCUAACAUCUAGAUCGUCUCUAGUUUUGUCAUACAUCUAUUUAAAUUCAUGGGCUAAAAUCAA